CUCUCCCCUCCGUUGCCGUCGCCCCCACUGAUCACUCUCCUCUCCCCCCCUUCCACGCGCGAGCGCAGCGACGCCAACUCAGGCGGGGAGCGAGGGCGAGGUCUCCGGUCACACACUGCUCCCCUGUUGUCUGUCUCAGUCCACUCCCGUCAGAGAGAGAAGAGAGAGAGAGGGAGAGGGGAAGGCGCGGGAGUUAAGGGUGGAAGGGAAUUAAUGGCGCCAGCCCAGGAGGAACAAGCGAAGGCCUGAUCCAUCAUCGACCGAUUACAUAGGUGGUUCUUGGCUUGGCUGGUUCUCUUCUCUUUCUUCUUCCUGGCGAGCGAGCGAGCGGGGUGCCUGCCUUCCCCCCUCCUGAGCUGUAGCGUGCUGCUUCGUGAGGACCAGCGGGAUUACUGCUCGUACCUCCACUAUUUUCCAGCGUGGGAGCGAGGCUAUAUAGCGCCUAGGAGUGGAGUGACAGCUAUAGCCAAGCCCUCGUCGUACUAGUACUGCCGCCCGCCCGCCCGCUACUCGACUAGCAGCAACCCGAGUCGUCCGAGCACAGCCGGAUUGCAUUGCGGUCGGAGCAAUCCGCCGUCCGAGGCGAGGCGAGGCUCCGCCGCGGCGACGGGAUGGACUUCGGCGACGACGUCAUGGACGGCAACGACGGGCAGCGCCGGAAGAAGAGAUACCACCGCCACACCCCGCGCCAGAUUCAGCAGCUCGAGGCGAUGUUCAAGGAGUGCCCGCACCCGGACGAGAACCAGAGGAUGCAGCUGAGCAGGGAGCUGGGGCUGGAGCCUCGGCAGAUCAAGUUCUGGUUCCAGAAUCGCCGGACGCAGAUGAAGGCGCAGCACGAGCGGCAGGACAACUGCUUCCUCCGCGCGGAGAACGACAAGAUCCGGUGCGAGAACAUCGCCAUGCGCGAGGCGCUCCGCAACGUCAUCUGCCCGACAUGCGGCGGCCCGCCCGUCCCCGACGACUACUUCGACGAGCAGAAGAUGCGCAUGGAGAACGCGCGCCUCAAAGAGGAGCUUGACCGGGUGUCGAGCCUGACGUCCAAGUACCUGGGGCGGCCCAUCACGCAGCUGCCGCCGGUGCAGCCGCUGUCCAUGUCGUCGCUGGACCUGUCCGUCGGCGGCCUCGGCAGCCCGGCGCUGGGCCCGUCGCUGGACCUGGACCUCCUCAGCGGGGGCUCCUCGGGGUACCACCACCACCACCCGUCCUUCCACCUCCCGACGGCGGUGCCCGAGCUGGAGCGGCCAAUAAUGGCCGAGAUGGCGACGCGCGCCAUGGACGAGCUCAUCAGGAUGGCGCAGGCCGGCGAGCAGCUCUGGGCCAGGACCGGCGGCGGCCACGACGGAGGACGCGAGGUGCUCAACGUCGACACCUACGACAGCAUCUUCGCCAAGCCCGGGGGCUCGUUUCGCGGCCCCGACGUGCACGUCGAGGGGUCCCGCGACUCGGGCCUCGUCUUCAUGAGCGCCAUCGGGCUCGUCGACAUGUUCAUGGACUCGAGCAAGUGGAUGGAGUUCUUUCCUGGCAUCGUGGCCAAGGCCCGUACGAUCGACGUCCUCGUGAACGGCAUGGCCGGGCGGAGCGAGUCGUUGGUUCUGAUGUACGAGGAGCUGCACGUGACGUCGCCGGUCGUCCCGACGCGGGAGUUCUGCUUCCUCCGCUACUGCCGGCAGAUCGAGCACGGGCUGUGGGCGAUCGCCGACGUCUCGGUGGACCUGCAGCCGCGCGACGCCCGGUUCGGCGCGCCGCCGUCGCGCUCGUGCCGCCUCCCCUCCGGCUGCCUCAUCGCCGAUAUGGCCAACGGCUACUCCAAGGUGACAUGGGUCGAGCACAUGGAGAUCGAGGACAGGGUGCCCAUCCACCUGCUCUACCGCGACCUCAUCCUCAGCGGAGCCGCGUUCGGCGCGCACCGGUGGCUCGCCGCGCUGCAGAGGGCGUGCGAGCGGAGCGCGUGCCUCACCACGGCCGGGAUGCCGCCCAGAGACAUCGCAGGAGUGACGCCGGAAGGGAAGCGAAGCAUGAUGAAGCUGUCGCAGCGGAUGGUGAGCAGCUUCUGCGCGAGCCUGAGCUCGUCGCAGCUCCACCGGUGGACGAUGCUGUCGGGGCCCAACGACGUGGGCGUCCGCGUCAUGGUGCACCGCAGCACCGACCCGGGGCAGCCCAGCGGCGUGGUUCUGAGCGCCGCCACCUCCAUCUGGCUGCCCGUCCCGUGCGACCGGGUGUUCGCCUUCGUCCGCGACGAGAACACGCGCUCUCAGUGGGACGUGCUGUCACACGGCAACCAGGUGCAGGAGGUGUCGCGCAUCCCCAACGGCUCGCACCCUGGGAAUUGCAUCUCCUUGCUACGAGGCCUGAACGCGAGCCAGAACAGCAUCCUGAUCCUGCAGGAGAGCUGCACCGACGCGUCGGGGUCGCUGGUGGUGUACGCGCCGAUCGACGUCCCGGCGGCGAACGUGGUGAUGAGCGGCGAGGACCCGUCGGCGAUCCCGCUCCUGCCGUCGGGGUUCACCAUCCUUCCCGACGGCCGGCACGGCGCGUCGUCGUCGAGCGCGGGCCCGCUGGGCUCCCCGGCGGCGGGGUCGCUGGUGACGGUGGCGUUCCAGAUCCUUGUGAGCAGCCUGCCGUCGUCGAAGCUGAACGCCGAGUCGGUGGCGACGGUCAACAGCCUCAUCAGCACCACUGUGGAGCAAAUUAAGGCGGCCUUGAAUUGCGCCAGCCAUUCAUGGAUGGAUGGAUCGAUGGGGAAUUGAUGCUCGCGCGCAUGCAUGCAUGCAUGCAUGCAUGCCCCCCCUGCGUAGGUCUCCCCCUCCCGGCCGGCCGCCUGCUGCGGGGAGUGAAUUCCCUUCAAGGCGUUUGGUUUCGCGACGGAGCUCUUGGUUGGUUGGGGCGCUUCAAUGCUGGCCAUUCAUGGAGGGCGGGGCUGCUGCUGCCAUGGAGUUGUCGCCCGCUUGGGGUUCACCUGCCGCCGUUGCUGCGCCGUCCGAUCACCACCCCCAUGAUCAUUCAUUCAUUCGACUCCCUCUCUUGACCUCUCUCUCUCCCUCUGCCAUUCAUGCAUGCAUGAUAACUUUUCCUCUUGGUUCUAGGUGUCCCGUCUCUGUUUACAGGGUUUGAAGUUUGCUUGCUUUGCGAGGCUUUGCAUGAAACGGAGGAGUCAAGAACGCACCAGGCUCGUCACAUUCCUCUUGCUGCCGUCAGCUGUUCUGUUUCUCUCUCUCUUUCCCUGUCUCCCCCCAUCUAUCUCCACUCCAUAGCUUCUGCCAUCCAUUUGCCGCUCCCAUUAUUUCUUUUUUCUAGUUUGUAGCCGCAGCAGAGGAUGAUGAUUGGUUCGGGUAUUGACUUCUGUCUAAUGGUGUUUAGCCUUCAAUGAACAUUGAAUUUAAUCUCUCAGUUUUUUUA